AUGGCUGAGCCGCCAUCGGUCGCUGCUCCCGCUUGGGAGUUCCAUUUGCCUCUGUCGGCUGCCGAUUUGCUGCGCAGCGAUGGGCCCUCGCAGUACGCCGUGCAGGAGGUGCUGCCGGUCAAGGAGCUCCGGGGACAGCUGGCAGGAUUCCGGGCCGGAUUCCGCACCCAGGGAGCUCUUGCCAUCCUACAACACUUUGAUACUCUGUACAGCAUCCUGCACCACUUCAGCAGUGUGGAGGACGCUGUCAAGGAGGACGCCCUGGAACUGAUGCUGAAAGUGGUGACCAAUCACUCCAGCACCCUGACGGCCAUCUUGGACAGCGCUGACCUGGCGCCCUCGGCCCGGGCGCUUCACUGCAACGCUCUCAAGAUGAACUGUUAUGCACUGGUGCAGCUUGCGGAGGCCUUUGAAACGGAGCCCAACAAGAGCAGCCUGGUGGGGCUGGAUGCCAAGAAGAAGAGCAAGAAGGGCCAGGGUACCGGCUUCCUCUGGGAGGAGGAGAGGCAGCCCGUCCUCCAGCUGCUCACGCAGCUGCUGCAGCUGGACCUCCACCGCCUGUGGACCAGCUCGAUAGUGGAGGAAGAGUUUGUCAGUUUAAUGACUGGCUGCUGUUACCACAUCCUGGAAAAUCCUGGCAUCGGCCACCAGAAGCAUCGGCCCACCCGAGAGGCGGCAAUUCACCUGCUGGGGGUGGCCCUCCGACGAUACAACCAUAUGCUCAGUGCCACUCUGAAGGUCACCCAGAUGCUCCAGCACUUCGAACAUGUGGCUCCGGUGUUUGUGGAGGCUGUGAGCGUGUGGAUCAAGGAGUAUGGCAUGAAGGGCAUUGUGGGGGAGUUGCUGAGGGAGAUCGGGCAGAAGUGCCCUCAGGAGAUGGCCCGGGAUGCUUCAGGAGCCAAGGGCUAUGCCUCCUUCCUCACAGAGCUGGCAGAGCAAGCACCAGCCAUUGUCCUCGCCAACAUGAGCGUCUUAUUGCAUCACCUGGAUGGAGAGAGUUACGGGAUGCGCAACGCCAUCUUGGCCGCCAUGGCAGAGGCGCUGCUGCAGGUGCUGAACGGGGAGCAGCUGGAAGACGCGGCCCGGGGCACACGGGACCAGUUCCUGGACACCCUGCAGGCGCACACAUGCGAUGUCAGUGGGUUCGUGCGCAGCCGCGUGCUGCAGCUCUUCACCCGAAUCGUGCAGCAGAAAGCCCUGCCCUUGACUCGGUUCCAGGCGGUCGUGUGCCUCGCUGUGAGCCGGCUGCAGGACAAGUCCGUAACUGUGGUGAAGAACGCCAUUCAGCUGCUGGCGGCCUUCCUUUCCAACAACCCUUUCUCCUGCAAGCUGAGUAGCACAGACUUAACCGAGCUGCUUCACAAGGAAAGGCAGAAGCUCCAGGAAAUGAGGGACAAGCGCAGAACCGCCGCUGCUGCAGUGAUCCCUCCGGAGGAAGAGUGGGAAGCCAUGCUGCCAGAACUGCAGGCCACCGUGAAGAGCUGUCUCGGCUCCCGGCUGCAGGGAGAAGAGGCGGGCGACCUCCAGAUGGGAGACCCUGCUCAGGUGUCUGAUGGGAUUGUCCAGCGGUUGAGGAAAUCCAGUUACAAGGAUGCUGUACUCCUGGCACAAGGAGCUGUCCGGUGUUUGCAGGGGGUGGAGCCGUUUGCCAGCUGCUCAAGAAUGGAGGAGGAGGACGAAGAAGACUUUCUCCUGCACCUAUUGAGAACCCUCUAUACGGGUUCCCAGCCAGAAGGUGCCCAAGAACCCACAGAUGGGGCAGAGAACACGGAGGGUGACGAGCACGGGGUGGAGGAGCAACCAUCGAGUGAGCUGGCGAAGCAGGAGAUGCUGGUCCAAUACCUGCAAGAUGCCUACAACUUUUCAGUAAAAAUCACAGAAGCCCUGAGCCUGAUCUCCAGGAUGAUGUAUGAAAGCUCCGUCUCCGUGGUGCAAGAAGCCAUCGAGUUCUUCGUCAUUGUCUCCCAGUUUGGCAUCCCUCAAGCCGUCCUGGGAGUCCGCCGCAUGCUCCCCCUCAUAUGGUCUAAGGAGCCGGGGAUCAGGGAGGCCGUGCUGAAUGCCUACCGGAGGCUCUACCUGAAUCCUAGUGGGGGCUCAGAAAGGGCUCGAGCCCAAAGCCUGGUGCAGUCCCUCUCCCUCCUCAUGGUGGAUGCGUCACUGGCGACAGUCCAGUGCCUUGGAGAAAUUAUCUCCGAAUUUGUGCAGAAAGAUGAAAUAAAACCCGCCGUGGUCCAACUGCUGUGGGGACGGUUUACGGAAAAAUCCCAGUGCUCGGCCCUGGAGCGCCAUGCAGCUGUCAUGCUCCUGGGGAUGAUGGCGAGUGGGAAGCCCGAGAUUGUCGGGAGCAACCUGGACGUCCUGGUAACAGUGGGGCUGGAUGAGAGAGCGCACGAAAACUAUCGCCUCGCCCGGGAAGUGUGUAACGCUAUCUCCAAAAUUGCCAAUGGUCACCAGCCUGCCCUGGGGAAAAGCGGGGUUCCCUUCCGGCUCCCGCAGUCGCACCUCCUCUUUGAGCACCUGAGCGAAGCUAUAAGCACGGGCUUCGCGGGAUCCAGCCCGCACUGGAUCCCGUUCACAGAAACAGCCAUUGCUCUCAUCUACCGGCUGGCCGAAGGGCCCGAGGAAAUAUGUGCGCGGGUCCUGCAGCGUUGCAGCCAGCAGGCCCUGGAGAAGCUGGGCGAGUCUGAAGGGGCAGAGGCGGAGCCGGGCUCUUCUCCCGCCGGAGGCGCCGGGGACUCCGGCCCGGUCGAGGCCCUGCUGCUGACCCACCUGGUCUCCCUCGCGGGGGACGUGGCCCUGCAGCAGCUCGUCCACCUGGAGCUGGCGGUGAGCGCGGAGCUGCGCAGGCGCCGGAUCCUCGGGGAAGAGCAGGAGACGAAGGAACGUGCUGGCGCCAAGAAGCCGGGGGCCAAGGUGAGGAGCACUGCGAACGAAACCACUAUGGAGAUGGAGCUUGGCCUGGUCGGGGCCUCUGCCGAAGACAACGAAGCGGAGCUCAUCCGCGGCAUUUGCGAGACGGAGUUGCUGGACGGCAAGCAGCUGCUUUCCGCCUUCAUCCCCCUGGUACUCAAGAUCUGCAACAACCCCGGUCACUACAGCGAUCCAGCACUCUCGGCCGCCGCCGCGUUGGCCCUCGGGAAGUUCUGCAUGAUCAGUGCUGAAUUCUGCGACGCUCACUUGCGGCUCUUCUUCACGAUGAUGGAAAAAUCCACCCUCUCCAGCGUGCGAGCCAAUCUCAUGAUCGCCGCCGGAGACCUGGCCAUUCGCUUCCCAAACCAGGUGGAGCCGUGGACUCCCCACCUUUAUUCCAGACUGCGGGACCCAUGCCAGCGCGUGAGGCGGACGGCUGCGCUGGUGAUGACUCACCUGAUCCUGAAGGACAUGGUGAGGGUGAAGGGGCAGGUGAGCGAAAUGGCCACCCUUCUUCUCGAUCCCGAGGAAGAGAUCGUGGCGUUGGCUCGGAACUUCUUCUCUGAGCUCUCCGGCAAGGACAAUGCUGUGUACAACUUGCUUCCAGACAUCAUCAGCCGUCUCUCAGAUCCUGACUCAGGCAUUGAGGAGCAGCCAUUCCGCACCAUCAUGAGGCAGCUUUUCUCCUACAUCACAAAAGACAAGCAGACAGAGAGCUUGGUGGAAAAGCUCUGCCAGCGAUUCCGGACCGCCCGAACAGAGCGUCAGCACCAUGACCUGGCUUUCUGCCUCACCUUGCUCCCCCUCACGGACCGAGGUCUCCGGAAGAUGCAAGACAACUUCGACUGCUUUGGGGACAAGCUCCAGGACCCAGCCAUCUACAGCUGCUUUCAAGCUGUCCUGGGCCGACUCCGGCGGUCAUGCACAAAGCCUGAGGUGAAGACUCUCGUUGAAGAAUUUGAACAGAAGCUGCAGAAGUGCCACAGCAGGGGUCUGGAUUCUCUCGCCGAAACUCCCAAGGAGUCCAAAUGCCCAGGAAGCAGCAGCAGGCCCGCGGCCCACACAGCGAAGAGGACGGCCAGAAGCUCCCGCCGCCAGCGACAGCCAGACUCUUCCUUCGUCACCCCCAAGCCCCGCAUUUCCAGAGUCCACAGGAAGGCUUCCAAGCAGAAGGCUUACGUCGUCUUCUCGAGCGACGAGGAAAACAGCCCGGAAGAAGCUGAACUGAUGGAGGAGGAAACGCCAAGCAAAACGACUCCCAUUUCCCGUGCAUCGGUGCGCCGGGCCCACUGA